AUUUAUGCAGCUUUUGCUUCUUCCUUAACUGGAAAACAAGCAACUGAAGCCAUGGCUCUCUUGACGUGGAAAGCUAGCCUUCACAACCAAACUCAAACUCUCAUGUCCUCCUGGGUUGGAACCAACCAUUGCACUUGGCUUGGAAUUCGUUGCAACAAGGCCAGUAGAGUUGCCCAUAUAGACCUUCAGAGUUGUGGUUUGAAAGAACUUGCUUAUACAAUGGAAGUGAAUGAGAGGUGCGAUGUUUAUAGUUUUGGGGUUCUCACAUUGGAAGUGAUUAUGGGGAAGCAUCCGGGUGAUCUAAUCUACUCUCUGUCAUCAUCGUCAUCCUCUUCCUCAUCCACAUCAAAUGCACAUGGGAUAUUAUUGAAGGAUGUGUUGGAUCAACGUCUCCCAGCACCUGAGAAUCAAGUGGCAGAGCAAGUAUUUGUGGUUGCAAAACUAGCAUUUGCAUGUUUGCAAGCCAAUCCACUAUCUCGGCCAACCAUGAGACAAGUUGCCAUGAAGCUAUCAGAUGAUCGAAGGUCACAUCUGCAAAAUGAAUUCCACAUGAUCACAUUGGGACAACUGAUUUCAACUGCUCAACCUCUUGAGAUUAAAGACCAUCAAGAUCAAGACCAAGAGCUAAUGAGUUAGAAGCAGCAUUGGCUGGUGCACAUAUGGCUCUUGGGACUGAUGUGUGACUGACUGCCAGGACCUACAUAUUGCUAUUGCAGCUUGUCUUGUGUGUUGGAUUGUAUGUAAAGGCUUAGAGUUGUUCUCUGUUUUGUCAUUUGGUUGUUUUUUAUUUGGUUUCUCACCAACUCGUUGUGAUGUGCUUCCAUAUGAUUAGGUUUGCUUUUCAGUAUUAACCUAAUUGGGAUCGUGUGGUCUUACUAUGAUGUAGUCGUGCACUCGCCUUUUUUCACUUUACUGAUGUUCUAUUUGUUUA